ACCUCCUUCUGUGAAAUAAAAAAAAUAUUUUGCUUCUUUCCUGUUUUGUCAUCAUAGGUGCAGCGUGAGUCAAAGUGACAUCAAGGAGAAUCUUUAGCAGAGCAUCGCGUUAUCACUUGAAUCUUUAGUACUGGACUGAGUUAUUAAGAGUGUUCGUGGCAUUUGGUGACAAUGGCGUGGACAGUUGGUCUCAGUAAACUGGUGUUAGCAGUCUAUGGAUUCACGUUGAUCACAGGUCUUCCCACCAAUAUCUUGGCUUUCUACACUUUCUUCCAGAAGGUCCGCCAGCGCUCCACCCCGAUGGACGUGUUGUUAUUCAGUUUAACCAUCUCUGACCUGAUCUUCCUCCUUUUCCUGCCGUUUCGCAUGGUGGAGGCGGCCAACAUGAAAUGGACAAUGCCUUACUUCCUCUGCCCUCUGACAGGAUUCAUCUUUUACUCAGUCAUCGCCAACAGCGUCCUUCACCUGACGGCCAUCAGCGUGGAGCGCUACUUGGGAGUGGCUUUCCCCAUUAAAUACAGGCUCAAACGUAAUCCCAGAAGUGCCGUGAUAGCCUGCGUCAUAUUCUUGGUGAUGUCAAUGGGACACUGCAGUAUCGUCUACAUCAUACAAUACCACCACUAUUUUAACCCCAACACCACUGAUCCAUCCAAACGUAACACCUGUUAUGAAGAAUUCAGUAAAGAACAGCUUGAUAUCCUCCUGCCGAUUCGUCUGGAGCUUUCUGUUGUCUUCUUCUGCAUCCCAUUCAUCAUCUGCUGUUUCUGCUAUAUCCAGUGCAUCCGCAUACUUUCCCGUCUAUCCAAUGUCAAUGUCAAGAAGCGGUAUAGAGCCAUUGGCAUGGCGGUGGGCACACUUCUGGUCUUUGUUAUCUGUUUCAUGCCCUUCAACAUCUCACACGUGGAAGGAUUCGUAAAUGGCCACAGCUCUGAAUGGAGACAACAUGCUUUACUCACCAGCACACUGAAUGCAUGCCUCGACCCCUUCAUAUUCUACUUCUCUUCUUCCGCUCUCAGAGAGACUUUCAAGAAGGUGUUGCAGGGGCUGGUGAGGCGAUUGCUCCUUCCUUGCUGCCGCCCAGCUCUCUGCAGCUCUUUAUUUAACCGUGGGAAACCUGAAGUGCGAACACAAAGCUCUGAUGACAGCAUCCUCUAAAAAUUUCAAGUCAGUUUUUGAAUUAAAUAAUCUGCCAGCGUAUGCAUCAUUGGUGCUUAUCAUUCAGUCCAAAGCUAAUUAAUAUAAUACAGAUGCACCACCAGACAGAAGUGGAGAAGCUUAAAAAUGGUUCCAGAAUAAAAAUCAAGCAUGCACAUGCUGAUUGCAUGAAUAUUUAACCUAAAUUUUUGCAUAAGCAGUUUCAUUCACAAUGAAAUUAAGAGCUGGAGUGUACAAUUACAGUGCAAAACACAACUGCGUGUGAACUGUACAUCUAACAUAUGAACUACACAGCUUUCAAUAACAUGUAAUCAGUACAACAACUUUUUAAACCUAAUGUGCUUUGCUUCUAAUAUUUUAAUAAAAUAAACUCAU